ACAACAACAGUUCCCGUAACAAACAAGAAAAACAUGGCUAAACUUACCGAACAAGAACGCGCCGAACAAUUGCAACCUCUUCUGGAUGCUGGUUGGUCGAUGGUUAAUGGACGCGAUGCUAUUUAUCGUGAAUACAUUUUCCAAGAUUUCAAUCAAUCGUUUAGAUUUAUGACCGGUGUUGCACUAUUGGCUGAGAAAAUGAAUCAUCAUCCGGAAUGGUUUAAUGUCUAUAAUAAAUUGCAAGUGACAAUGUCAACACAUGAUGUCGGCGGUUUGAGUGCCAAGGAUAUACGUAUGGCCAAGUAUAUGGAAGAGGAAUUUAAACGUUAUGUAUAA